AUGGCGCAAUUUGAUGAGAAGGAGAGCAAGUUAGAAGGGGUGACACGAAUGACAGAGAAAGGAACCGGAAAAGAAGGUCAGUUAGAUGAUGUGUUAUUGAAACUUGGCUCACCUGGUCGAUACCACGUGAUUUGUUAUCUCCUUUUAUGGUGUUGCAAUGCAUUCGUUGCGUUUAACCACGUGUCAUUGCCGUCAACAUUUGGUAUCACACCUUCACAUCGGUCAACCUCGUACCCAGGGUUUUUCUACGUCUAUGAUAUUCUGACGGGAUGGUUUCGUAAUAGCCCUGAGAGUUAUGGAAAGAAAAUAGGAUGUGCCUUGCAAAAUGGUAGACCGAACACGAUUUGUUCAGUUCACAACGUACCUAUUUUAGUCUCGUUAAAAAAAAACACCCAUCUUCCACAAAAAAUGGCAUGUCGAUAUGUCGUCCUUGCCAUGAGACCAAAUGGCAAAAAAAUCAACAUUAUUUCAUUUUCGGAUAUUUUUGCAUGGAACUUGGUAUGCGAUAAUAAUUUCUACCCUAUGGUAUCUACAACAGUUUAUUUCAUCGGUGUGAUGAUUGGCGGAGGGACAAUUGGUCGGGUAUCUGAUCGUUAUGGUAGAAGACCAGUACUUCUCAUCUCGUUAGGAUUGGCAAUCAUAUUCUUUGCAGUUGCUUCACUGAUAAAAAAUUUCAUCCUGUUUACAUUAUUCCGUUUUUUUGGUGGUAUAUUCGCUUGUGGGGUUCACAGUAUUGUGUAUGUGAUGACGCCCGAAUUAGCACCAAAGAAGCAUAAUAAUUACCUUUCUUUACUUCUUAUUUUUUCUUUCCUGACAUCCGUUGCUGCUGGAGGCGGUAUAUGUUGGGCAACGAAAAGUUGGUGGCAGUCACAACUCUACACAUCUUUAUCUCUGGUUAUACCGCUAUGCCUGAUGUAUUUUGAUCCACAGAAGAGACAAUAUAUCUUCUUAAAACCAAUUUUCGAACGUUUUUACCAUAUCUUAAAGUUUUUUUAA